AUGGACAAAAGAAUGGAUUUAACUGAGAAGAUGUCCAUGAAAAAUAAUGCUGCAAAUCAAGAAUCCAACGGAGAAAUGUUUGUAAGUAGGGUUGCAAGUUCUGGCUUGGUUCUCAAGUUCAAGGUGGAUAAGUAUGGGACACUUCCAUCUAAACAUACUAUUUCAUCGCAGGAGGUGAUGAUGUCUGGUGGAAAACAAAAUGUCACGGAACUAUUGGACAAUUUUGAAGCUAACUGUUCUCCAAAUGCAAUUCCUUUGUUGGUGCACACAUGCGAUGAGUGCGGUAAGUGCUUUAAGGAGAUUAGUUCACUGCAUGGGCACAAGGGUGUUCACCGCCGAGAGGAGAAGAAGCGCAUGCGCAUGAUGAUGGCGGAUCAACAACCCAUCGCAGUGGAGGCCUCAUAUGUAGUGUCUUCACCAAAACCACGGCAGACAAAGAAGGAUGAGAUGAAGACUAGGUUUGCAGCACAAGCUCUAGAAAUGUUGUCGAUGGAAUUCAAGCGGCACCGGCCGGAUUUCUUAUCAGCCAGCAUGACCUGUCCAAAUAAACAUAUCAGUGCAGAUGAAGAAACAGGUGAGAUGAGAGAAGUCGCUGAGAUUUUGGUAACACUAGCACAAAGUUUUUGCAAGGACAUUACUGUGCAUGUGUCAUCGCCAGCAUCAAUUGCUAAAUGUUUUGUGUGCACAACAUGCAAGAAGAUGUUCUCUUCAUACCAUGCCCUAGGAGGCCACAUGUCCAUUCAUAACAAGCCCACCAAGAACAGCUUGCUUGAGGAUGGCGGCGCUGACAGCUCUGGUGGUGGCAGGGAGCGUUGCACAUGGAAGCACGUGUGCGACAAGUGCAAUAAGAAGUUCCCAACUGGGCAGAUCCUCGGUGGACAUAAGCGUAGGCACUGGUGGGAGGAACACUACUACAAGAUGGCACUACUGGAAGAUCGGAAUGUGAAGCCACGAUUGCGAAUAUUGCCUCAUCAUGAGUCAGAAAGGUCUGGGCUAGUGGUUGUGCCAACUGAUGAGAAAACACAGCCUGCAGGGACAGAGUUGGUUGUGGCAGCUCACACGGUGCCACCGGCUUGUGAUGACGUCCAGCAGCCACAGCAGGCUAUGAGUCUGGGUAAUGAGAUUGAGCUGCCAGUGCCAUCAGGUGUUUCUGAUGAGGAUGUCGCUUGA